UUCGGCAGAAAGGAACAUUUCUUUUUUUAUAUAUAUAUAUAUAUAUUGAUGGCUUGUAUAUUAAAUUUUCAAAUUGAAUUCAGAGAUUUAUGAACCUAUUAAUUUUGAUAUAUUCUAUAUAUAUAUAUAUAUAUAUAUCUGAAAAUUGGUUCUCCAUUUUUUAAUUAAGUAUAUCGAGAGGAGAAAAAAGCUACCAACUGAAUUAAAUCAUCAGUCCAAAAUUAACUUUCUUAUAAAUGUUGUAAGUGAGAUCUGAUAUGUUUUCUUAAAAAAGAAAAAAGAAAUAUGUGAGACGUCUACCUUUUUUUUUGUUUUUGAACUUGUGUGAGACGUCUACCUUUGGCGUUGCUCCAACAAGAAGUAAGAGCAUAAAAGUAAAAAUUGAAAGCGAAUGAGAAGUCGAAGGAAGCAACCUCAUUCUUAUAUUUAAUCUCUCUCGUGUUUAAUUUAGCUGCACUCACAUUUUUUCAUUUGCUUAGAGGACAUCUCUUAACAAUGGAGGAAACAACAACGUUUCAGGGGCUAAGACACCUUUUCAUGACCGUCUUCUUGCACGGAUUCUCGGCGUUCAUUGUAGUCCCGGUCAUUACAGACGUCAGCAUGGCGGCUUUAUGUCCUGGAAAAGACGAGUGUUCCCUCGCAAUUUACCUCUCAGGCUUUCAACAGGCUAUUACGGGUGUGGGGUCCUUGAUGAUGAUGCCGUUGGUAGGAAGCUUGUCAGAUAAGCAUGGAAGAAAAAGUUUACUCACACUUCCAAUGGCACUCAACAUUCUGCCUCUUGCUAUAUUAGCGUAUAGCAGAGAGACGUCUGUCUUCUACAUCUACUAUGUUCUCAAGACUUUCACGUCCAUAUUUUGUGAAGGAAGUGUGUUCUGUCUUGCCCUUGCUUAUGUGGCUGAUAAUGUAUCCGAAAAUCAACGAGCCUCUGCAUUUGGAAUACUUACCGGAAUUGGAUCUUGCGCAUUUGUAUGUGCAAAUUGUUGUGCUCGAUUCUUAUCCACCACCGCUAUAUUUCAGGUCGCGACAACGGUAGCAAUUUUUUCAACAGUGUACAUGAGAAUUUUUCUACCUGAUUCGAUCCGAGACAAUAGCUUGGUUACUUCCAUUGUUUCAACCGAGAAAUUGAGUUACGUGUUACUUGAAGAUUACCCUGGACAUAGAAAUCAAAUAUCUAGAACAGUACGUUCUGUACGUGAAAUGGCCUCUCUAAUGAGGAGCAGCGUUCCACUUUUUCAAGUUGCAAUGGUGUCAUUCUUCAGUAGUCUUAGUGAGGCCGGUCUACAUGCUUCAUCUAUGUACUAUCUAAAGGCCAAGUUUCAGUUUAACAAAGAUCAGUUUGCAGACUUGAUGAUCAUAUUUGGCAUUGCCGGGUCUGUUUCACAGUUGCUCUUCAUGCCCAUUUUAAUUCCUGCUUUAAAAGAGGAGAAACUGCUCUCAAUUGGUCUUUUUUUCGGAUGUGCGCAUAUGUUCCUCCUCGGUAUGGCAUGGUCCGCGUGGGUUCCAUAUAUGGCGGCCAUGUUUUCACUUGUCUCUAUAUUUCAUCAGUCAUGUAUGCGGAGCAUUGUCUCCAAACAAGUAACAUCAUAUGAACAGGGUAAGGCCCAAGGGAUUAUUUCAAGCAUAUGCUCUCUUGCAAACGUCAUUUCUCCGCUAGCAUUUUCACCUCUAACAGGCUGGUUUUUGUCUGAAAGAGCACCAUUUCAUUUCCCAGGGUUCAGUCUUAUGUGCGCGGGGUUUACUAUGACAAUAGCUUUUAUCUUAAGUCUGAUGAUCAGAGCAACAACUCCAGUGGCAGCUAUGGGAUCUCCAUAAUUCCAGUCAGCUUAAAACCAUGGUUUUAUAGCGAACCAUAAUGUACAAGUUCUAGAUACAUAAGUCAAUGUUUAUUUUUUGUGUUGUUGUUGUUUAAUAGCAUGUUUGUCUCGUCAUCAGCCCCUAGGACAUACACCAUAUAUUUCAAGGUUAAGGUUUAAGACUGUUUCUGUUCAUGUAUAGGUAGGUCUAAAGAAACACUAGUCUCAUAUUUGUAUUUAUAAAAUAUAAAGUGAAUAGGAAAAUUUAUUUUUAUUUGGUUAAAAUGUGAAAUUGUAUUUAAUCAUCAAAGAAAUUUUUGGUGUAUUUACGAAGACCUACAGUGCUCUGUUGUAACUAGAAAAAAGCAGAGCCGGCAGUAUUAAAAAUCAGAGCUAAAACUGUUUCAAAGAGAAAAAAUUGAGGUUUUAAUAAUUCCACUUCACGUUUGGCAAGCGAGGUCCCAAAUGGAGAGGAGUUCUACUGUCUCUCCAUGCUGUGAUGAAAGAUUUGAGAGUUGCAUUCGAUUUGGCAAGCGAGGUCCCAAAUGGAGAGGAGUUUUACUGUCUCUCCAUGCUGUGAUGAAAGAUUUGAGAGUUGGAUUCGAUUUUUCCUUUUGAAUCAUGAGUGAGGUUGCUUCAGAUCUCUUCUCCCAUUUCGUUCUUUCCAUAUUCAAUACAUUGCAGCUUGGAAGACAAGGCAGAGAAUCAAUGCUUCAGCUCUACGAAAGCAAUGUUGGGAGAGUGACCUAAUCGUUCCAUCAGUCGCGGAGCACGAAGCAUGUAUCAAAAUUUAAAAUUUAAUUUAUUUAGGCAUAAAAUUUCAAUAUAUCAUUAUGAUUAAUUGGUUGAAUCUCAAUAGUUUGACCAAGUGAUAAAUAGCCGAUCUAUAUACACGUCGGAUCCGUUUUGUUACCGAGUCAGCGAAGUGGGCUUUCGAUUGUUCAUAUUUUGUAUGGGCUUUCUGUUGCUGAGUAUGUUCAUUUUUUGGCCCAACAAACAUAAACCGUCUCUGACCUAAUGUUCUUCGGACAAGAGAACGAGAGAGGCGUCCCACAUCCUUCGACGGCGAGAUUCUGACGUUUCCGCUUUCCCUCGCCAAAUGUAACGCUCUGAGUUAAGAUUUCGUGAUUAAUCCACUCAAAUCGCUCCCCCACGAUGUGUAUUCAAAGCAAUCUUCAAGCUCAGAGUCGGUGUGAUCUAUGUAUAAAUAGGGGUUUUUUUUCUCUGAUCUGAAGUCCGGCAAGUGUACCUCCGUCGUCGAGGCUAGGCUCCUGCGGUUCUGGGAGGCCAGGAACGUUAAACGCAGUGGGGAGCUCAUGUGGGUCGAUAUGCUUCUGGAUCCGUUGACGUAAGUCUGUUCUUCCUAAUUUUUUUUUUUUUGUAAUUCAACAAUAUUCCGACGAGUUUCCUCGAGCAGGUUAUGUUAUUGUUUCACUUGAGAGAAACUUAUUUGUCUUUGGAGAGUUUAAGGAUUCUCAGAAUCUUUGCAAUUUUAAUACAGUUUUUGAUGAUGAUAUGUAAAGCCAUAACGGUGAAGGCUUCAAUUGCUUUAUAUGUCUUCUGAUUUCAAAAUAAAUUAUUAUUGUCGAUUUUCCAUGAUAUAAAUGGGUAUAUUUUUCCAAGGUAUUUGACAUUUAAGAAGGGUCAUCAGCUACAUUUUGUGAUGCAGCAAUUUGUUCACGUCCUUUCACUGCAGGUUCUUUUUUCUUUGUUAUGGCUGCAAUAAGAAUCUUGAGCCGUUGAAUGACAUCUAUACCUAAGCACAUGUUUGUCUCGACCUUUCUGUUGGUUAUAACACAAUUUCUUUUGUGCAAGGUUGCUAAUUGCCGUCCUAAUAUUCUUUGCUUAUGGCCAUCAAAUCGUGGAUAUGAUAACGGCUUGGUCAAACUCCAGGGAGGUUGUCUGUAAAGAAACAAAUGAAGCUAAAUUGUUGAGAGCAGAAAUUAGUUGCGGCUGGAACCAGCAUUGAUGAAUGUGUGUUGUUAACUCUUACGAUUGAAAACAUGUAGCCCUUUUGUAAAUAAGAAUGGAUGUGUAUGGUUCUAUUGCUGGAAAAGAGAAUACACAAAUAUGUAAGCCAAAUUUCAGUCAUAUGUCGUUCGUGGAGCAAGAUUAAAAUUGUUACAUGAUCACCGGUUAAUAGAAUUUCCAGCUUUAUAUA